UGUUUGUUCGGCUUUGGGUGUCAGCCGCUUUGUAAUUUUUUAUUGUGAUAAUUAUAGAAAUAAUCAGUGAUAUCUCCACAUAAGUGAACUGGAAGAUGGUUUAACUACCGUGCGAUGUGUUUUAUAGUACGGGAUCGUGUGUAGUGUACGCGUGAAGCCGCAUCUUCCGCCAUGACAAUGGUGAACUUGGCCAGGAAGUACACUGUUACAUUUGUGCUUUAUUUUGGGUGUAUCGUAUCUUGUUAUCCGGUUUUUGGUCAAGAUACACCAGAGAUUUUGGAGCUUCAGCUGUUAAAUGGCACUCUCGGCUUUGACGCCAACAUCACCUGCAGUGUUAGACCUGUCGAAGCAACUGUGGAAUGGUUGUUCAACAAUGAGCCAGUUAAAAUUGGCGAGAGAAUACAACAGCACGCGGAAGAGAAACAACUCCAAGAAAAAGACCUCGACGGCAACCCGCGGAAGUACAAAGCGUAUAACCUGACAAUCACAAACGCUACAACCACAGAUGACGGCAAUUAUACAUGUAGAGUCAAACUAGGAGAGGGGAAGGUGGAAAAGACCACUAUACUUGACCUCAGUUAUCCUGGGAAGCUGGUCAAUAAAACUGCGGGACCGAUAAAGGAGAAUGUGACGGACCAAGCGAAUGUCACUAUGCAGUGUGUUUUUGAAGUUUACAAAUCCAGUGAAGUGAGGUGGUGGAAGAAAGGAAAAGACGACGACCUAAACGAGCUGGCACUAAAACCAGCUAAACAGAUCAACCUCAAACAAAUCUGUAGCGAGUACGAUCUUCACAUUAGAAACCCAGAAGACAAUGGCACUUACAUAUGUGAAGUAUGGGACCCUGUUACUUCUACAAAUAUAACAGGAGAGAUCGACGUUUUCAUAUACGCUGCCCCACAAGUGGUCAUAGAUACAGUCAUACCUAUAAGCGCAUCCCAACUAUUCCUAAACUGGACCAUUAGGUCAUACAACUCCCCAAUCACAGGGUACUAUCUAAUGUACAGACGUCUACCAUCCACAAACUUUAAUCAAUACACGCAAGAGAAAAUCGGUGUUAAAAACAUUUCCUUCGUAAUGGAGGGCUUGGAAAAGUCUACACAAUAUCAAUUGAGACUUGAAGUUGCUACGACAUUUGGAAAGAGCAAGCCUCAUACAUACGAAUCUACUGUAACAACUUUGGAUAAAGACCCAAUAUUUGUACCGAAUAUUUCCAUAAACGGAUUUUCCGCGACGUCAGUGACAAUUGGCUGGGCAGCCCCACCUAAGGAUAUCGAGGAACUGAUACAUUACUACUUGCUAGAAGCGAGGAAGAUGAAUGAGGUCGCACCAAGAAGAGCGUAUCAUUCUAGGGAUAAUAGGAAUUUGCCGUACAUGUUUGAUAAUUUGGAACCGCACAGCACAUAUGUUUUUCGAGUAUGCGCAUGCUCAGAUUUUACUAAACGCUGCGGUAAUUGGUCGGCAGAAAUGCCAGCCGCCACAGGGGAUGGCAUACCUGGCAGACCUAGUAAUGUGACUGUCCAUUGUGCCAGUAGCUGGAUCAACCUCACUUGGCAACCUCCGCUCAAGCCUAACGCGGAGAUCAAGGGUUACACAAUGGAGUUAACAGGCAAUGCAACAUAUAGAGACAGAUUCGGGAUACUACAGAAAGAUAGCUGGGGACCUCUUUCUAGAUUCAAGACAAAUGAUUCCAGGAGCGAAAGAUUCGAGGAACUACAGCCUAAUACUAACUACACAAUUCGCUUGAGCGCGAUGACUCGCACGCGAAGACGCGGGGACGAAGAGGUCCGUCACUGUACGACUGCGCCCGCGCCGCCCGACACGCCCCCUAGACCACGAUGGCGAAAGGUGUUGGCAGAUGAUAAAUACGUGUUCCACGUUGAUCUACCGCGCAUAACCGAGCGAAAUGGACAUAUUUGUUGCUACAGGAUAUACAUGGUGCGUUUACGGCCACAUCCAGACUGGAGUAACCUUCCUCCCCCCAGGGACAUGAGUGUGGUGGACUAUGAGGAAGCGCAUGGUGUUCAACCGGUUUUGGGAGCUUAUAUCACUGAUGUCUUCUCAAAUGAGAGAUUCCCACCGGAAUCAGAACUAAUAAUGGGUGAUGGCCGAUCGUACUUCGACAAAGAUGACCCGGGCUUGAACCGCGAAUCCUGCAGACGUUGCCUCAAGAAACCGCGGCGAUCAUACGACAUCCCCCCUCCAGCGCCCAAACCCCCCACCACCACCAUGCAAACCACCACCAGGGAUGAGUUCUUUGAGGAUGAGAUUGAUACCACCAUGGAACCAGAUGAAGAAAAACGUGAAAGAAGAUCCUACAUGGAUAUCGAGAGAGAUUACAUGAAAAACCCUAUGAUGAUGGACAACAAGCUAGUGGAAGUUGAGGUGAAGGAAGAUCUGCAGGUCAAAGACGGUCUGUUGGACCCCUCAGCUAACUAUACGUUAUACGUUGAGUUGAUACCGGGUUCAGAGCAAGAUGAGCCUCUAUUCAGUGAAUACGUCAACGCUCUGAUGCCCGCCGCGUCACCUGUGGCGCCACCCCCCACCACUCCAUUAGAAAUUGCGUUACUGGCGACUUGUACAGUGGCCGGUCUAAUUGUAGUGGGUAUGGCGACCCUUUGCGUCCUUCAAGCGAGAAGAUCGAGAAAACAUCAUCAUCAUCACCUCGAGAUGAGUCCGUUGGAAGCUGCUUUCAGAUACGUAGUAGGCCAUAUUGGUGGAAGGCAGCAGUUAAUGAGUGCGGUUCCGCCGGACAUGCCGCCAAUCUCAACGGAAGACCUCGCCGCCGCCUAUGCGGAAAGACAGGCGGAUUCCGACUAUGGAUUCCAGAAGGAAUUUGAGCUGUUGCAGAUGCUGCCGGACUGCUUCCCUGACCGAACGACGCACGCUUCGGAAGCGCGAGAGAACCAGCCCAAGAACCGAUAUCCAGACAUAAAAGCCUAUGACCAGACCCGAGUCAAACUCACGCAAGUCGACGGAAUCACUGGUUCUGACUAUAUCAACGCAAACUACGUUAUGGGAUACAAGGAUCCUUUGGAGCUUAAUCAGGAACGCAAACAAUUCAUCUGCGCCCAAGGGCCAACAGACACAACUGUGAACGACUUCUGGCGUAUGAUCUGGGAGCAUGGGUUGGAACUGAUCGUGAUGCUGACCAACCUCGAGGAGUAUUCCAAGGUCAAGUGCAGCAAGUACUGGCCUGAUGACGUGAGGGGUGUGCGUGCCUUCGGGAACAUCACCGUGCACCAUGUCUCUGAGAAACGGUACUCCGAUUAUAUUGUAAGGGAACUUAAAAUAUCUAAGCAGCCUUUGAACUCUGACGGGCAACCUAUUGUUGAAAAUAAUGGAAUUGCAAAACGAAAUGGAGAUUGCGGCAUGAGCGACGCGAGCGCGCCGACGUCGCCGCGCGAGGCGAAGUGCGAGACGCGAUUGGUGCGCCAGUACCACUUCCUCAUGUGGAAAGACUUCGCCGCGCCGGAGCACCCGCACUCCAUACUCAAGUUCAUCAAGAGGGUGAACGAGGCGUGGUCCAACAUGGUGGGUCGGCCCGUGGUGGUCCACUGCUCGGCCGGGGUCGGCAGGACAGGCACGCUGGUAGCGUUGGACUGCCUGCUGGAGCAGCUCCGGGCUACUGGGCUCGCUUCUGUGUUCAACACAGUCGCUGAACUCCGACGGCAAAGGAACUUCUUGGUUCAAUCACAGAAACAAUACGUGUUCGUAUAUCGUGCGCUAGUGGAGUACGCGCAUUAUGGCGAUACGGAGAUCCCCGCAUCGAGACUCAAGAGUUCCAUUGAUAGACUGCGGAACACGCCAGAGGGCGCUGAUAAGUGCCUGAUGGAACAUGAGUUUGAGAAAAUGAUGGACCCACCGGUAGCGGAACCCAUCAAAUCUUGCGCAGCGGGUGGAGCGGAAGAGUUGCGCGCGCGCAACCGCAGUACAGAGUGCCUGCCGUAUGACCGCAACCGCGUCAUACUGGCGCCUAUACCUGGCCGAGACUUCUCUACCUAUAUCAACGCGUCGUUUAUUGAGGCGUAUGAUAACACGGAAGGAUUCAUAAUAACGCAAGAUCCAUUGCCGAAUACGAUAAUGGACUUUUGGCGGAUGGUCGCCGAACAUAAUGUUUCCACUAUUGUAAUGUUAAGUGAGCUGGGUGAAGGCAAAUGCCCGCGGUACUGGGACGACGGUACAGUACAAUACGAACAUAUCUCCGUAGAGUACGAAGAGAGCGAAUCCUGCCCUUACUACACGAGGCGCCAGUUCCGGCUUACUAAUAAUAAGAGUGGAGAAUGGCGGUGCGUCCGACAUCUUCAAUACCAAGGCUGGCCGACAGCGGCGGGCCACGUGCCUGAAGUUACCCGCGGGCUCGCUGAAUUGGCUGAACUUGCCGCGCCCGUCGAACCUGCGCCCCGACCUCCCCUAUUAGUGCAUUGCAACCUGGGAACAGAGAGAUCCGCGCUAUUCGUGGCCCUCUGCAUCCUGAUCUGGCAGCUGCGUUUAGAGAGGCGCGUGGAUGUCGCGUGCGUCGCGAGAAAAGUGCGCUCGCAGCGCGCACGCACCAUCGACACAUUUUUGCAGUACGAAUUCCUACACCGUGCCAUAUUAAACUACGCAGAACUACACAACCUACUGGAAGACAGCUAAACAAUACAUAAAGCUCACUUAAUUUCAACCUUAUCGCUCAAGAAAUACGAGCGAAAACCCCAACUGAGGCUAGAGCCCCUUUCUAAUUCGUCUUGCCUAUUCAGGCGAAUUUAGUCCUUAAAAUGACGCGCGUAUGGUUUAAAAGCGCUUGGACUGAGAACUUUUUUAUAAACGAUGAAAAUUAGUGAUGUAAAGAAUAUCGAUUCGCGUGUAUAAUGUGAAUAAUGUAUUUAUUAAGAGUAAUUUACAAGUGCGAAUUUAUAUUAAUGCAUAAAAUUGCCACUACCUAUUGAUUUAUCUUUCAUAAUUUUUUUCGUUUUAAGUAAUUUUUAUAGAGAAUUCUCACACAUAAUCAAAACAUCUUUGUAUUUAAAAAUACAGCAUUUCUAAUUUAAUACAAAACAUAUGAUGCCCGCGACUUCGUCCGCGUGGAAACCCCGUGGGAACCAUUUGAUUUUCCGGGAUAAAUUAGUCGAAAAUGGUGAAUAUGCACGGAUACCACAAAAGUGGUUCUCACACUCCAUAGUGGUAGUUAUAGUUAUACUGAAAUAUCUUAAUAUUGAUCCAUAUUUAAAAAAAACAAUAGUUUUAAAAAGUUGUCAUAGAAAUUAAUUCGAAUACAUUUUCCAUGUCUUGUAGUUUCCGUCGAAAUAAUAUAGUAUUCGUUACGUCACUAAUAAGAAGUAAAAUUGUCAACAGAAUAGCUAAAGGCUUUGGCACACACAAUGCGCGCCGGAACGUGUCCAAUGUGGCUCCUAGAAGUUUAAUACAAGAGGCUAUAAAGAUCGCCGCUACGUAGAAUGGAAUAGAAAAGUUUUUUUAAAUAAACUUGGUUCAUAGUUCCUGUAAAUCUUCUUGGUGCUUACUUGAAGUCCUCUAAUUUCUGCGCAAUGACUGAUAUUAAUCGUCAAAGGAGAGCUGUGCGGGACGUAUGUAAGAGUUCACUAGAAACUACGCCAUAGAAUUAGAAACUA